CAUUCGCCACGUGUCACUCCAUCAUUGAGACAAUUAAGUCUUUCCUCUCCUCUUCUGCUCGGAUUGCAUUUCAAUAAAAGGAAGGCUGAGGCUCUUCCUUCCUAACUGUGCGUCGCCAAUAUGGUACAUGCCCUCUCCUUCUCUCCCUCCAAAUUCCUCGCCUUGCCGCGUCCUCCUGUGGUAUUGAGGCCCUCAUUCGUCGUCGUCGCUGCCGCCGCCGUCCGAUCUCCGGCUGAGUCUGCCACGUCGCUCUACGAGGUCCUCGGCGUCCACACAGGCGCCAAGAACGGCGAGAUCAAGGCUGCGUACCGGCGUAUGGCGCUAGAGUGCCAUCCGGACGUCGGCGCGCCUGCCGACGAGUUCCUGCGCCUCCACGCCGCCUACGCCACGCUCUCCAACCCCGACAAGCGCGCCGACUACGACCGGAAGCUGAUGGCGCUGGAUCACGGACGGAGGCGCCAGAGGCCGACGUACACGGGCACGAGCCCACCGCUGUCCCGGGAAAACUACCGGCGGACGUGGGAGACGGACCAGUGUUGGUAGGAGGCAAAGGAGAGUUCUCAUCCGUCGGAUGGAUCGACUGAUCCCCUUUCUGGAAACAAGUGAAUAUAUUAUUUGAGUGCCUGUGAAACUGUAAAUGAUUUUAAAUACCAGUAAAAUUAGUCUCCGCCUGUUUUAUUGAUU